UUUAGAGAAACGGUAAAAAGUUCUGGGUUUAAAACUCAUCAUGAAUUGGCAGCGAGGAUUCCAAAACCCCCACCUAAGUAAGUACAACCAUUCAGCUUAGUAGACGGCAACACGGAUCUCAUAGGAAGCAAAGUAAACCAUCUAACAAAAAAUUCAACUUGGGCACUUGAUUUUUCCUGCGGUGUCACAGCAAACUAGCGCAGGGCAAAGGGAAAAUCUGAAAGAGUUGACCUCUUCUAUUGGUUGAAAUGGUAUGGCGGUGCCAUUUAGAGCCACACAUCACCUGCCUGCCGCAGGCAACUAGGAUAUAAGACAAGGGUGACUCAGAGCUCUUCCUCCCAGCAUAUGAUAAUUUUUGUACCAAGCAGUAGAUGAGAAGCUGACCUAUGUUGGUUUCUGACUAGCACAGCGUUAUCGAAAACUCAAAACUGAGUUUCUGGCAUUGUUCACAGAGAUCACUGAUUUGGGCAGACGAUGUUCAAGCCAGUGAGAUGGAGAAGCGAAAAGAAGAUCAAAGUUGUAUUCAAAUUGCAGUUUCAGGCAACUCAGGUGCCAGAGUCGGGCAGAACCACUUUGAUGAUGUCUUUAGUUCCAGAGGAUGUUGGAAAGCCGACGGUGAGAUUACAGAAAGCUGCAGUCCAGAAUGGAACCUGUUCAUGGGAGAAUCCUGUCUAUGAAACAGUGAAACUCAUCAAGGAGCUGAAAACAGGAAGAAUUCAGAAGAAAAUCUACCAUUUCAUCAUUUCAACUGGAUCAUCAAAAUCAGGUUUUCUGGGAGAAGUCUCGGUUAAUUUUGCUGAUUAUGCUGAGGCAACCAAGUGUUUUACUCUGUCACUGCCCCUUGAGAAUUCAAGAUCCAGUGCAAUUUUGCAUGUGACUAUUCAGAGAAUGCAGGGAGCUUUUGAUGAAAGAGAGGUUGAGGAAAAUCGAGCUGUGACCAUCAAUUCCAACAAUAUGAACAAAAAAUAUAAUUCCACUGAGGAUGGGCACUCAGACAGAGCAUCCCCAAAUCCUGAACAAAAUUGCAGCUUCACAGCAUCUAAUGGUUUUAUUGCUGCAGUAACAUCAACCUCAGAUACCAUUUCUAAACAAAAUAGCCCACAAAAAUUUGAAUUGAAGAAAACUACUCUCAUACAAAGCUCCAUGCCUCAAAAUGGAAUGGUCAAUGCCAUAACAACAGAGGAUUAUGCACAUCAACGAUCAAACACGGAUUGGUCUGUCGAUUUAGAUUCAGAUGGAAGUUUAGUUGACUCAGCAAACAGCUUUGAAGAAUCAAGAGAAAAUUUGCAAGAGGUUUCAGAACGUUCAAUCCAAAAGCUUAAAAAUGAAAUUUCUAUUUUGUCAAGGCAGGCAGAGAUAACAGAUCUGGAAUUACAAUCACUUCGGAAGCAAAUUGUAAGGGAGAGUAAAAGGGGGCAGGAUCUAUCGAGGCAAAUGAGCAAGCUUAAGCAGGAGAGAGAUGAACUUAAAACAGAAUGCAAGCAGCUACAAUCCUUGCAAAAAAGCACUGAUGAGACAGAAGUUUUGAACAAGUUACCUGAAAGCAAGAACUCGCGAGCCCUGUUGGAUGAGAUUAGUCAAGACCUCAAUCAUGAAAAAGAAUUAAAUGCCAAUCUUCGGUUGCAACUCCAAAGGACAGAAGACUCGAAAUAUGAAUUGAUUCUUGCAGUAAGAGGGCUCGAUGAAAUCCUGGAGCAAAGAAAUAGGGAAGUAGCUCAACUACUAAGCAAAAUAGAAACCAGUAAGAAUGCUGAAAAGGCUGUGGAAAGAAUUCCUAUACAGAAAUUGAAUGAUGAUGACCAAGACACACAAGAACAGGUUGAGGAGGAUAGCAAUGCUAAGGAAAAAGACCUGUUAAAGCAGAAGAUCACAGAGUUGUACAGUGAAUUAGAGGUCAGCAGGAGAGAUAGGGAAGAGUUACAGAUGCACACAAAACAACUUGCACUGGACCAUGAGAUUUUGAAGCAGGAAAACCAUAAUUUUUGUGCAAAGUUGGAGCAAAACGAGCUACAACAGAUAAAAAUGCAAAAUUAUUUCUCAAAUUCUGUGACUAUAAUAAAACAGUUUGAAAGCCGGGUAGAAAUAUUAGAGACCGAACACAUGAAGAAGACACGGGAAUUAUUGGAAUCUCUGGAUAAGAUUAACAAACUUGAAAACCAGGUUAAGAGCUUGGAGGAAGAAUUGAAAAGGCAAGCACAGGGAUUUGAAGAUGACCUAGAAGCCAUGGCACAUGCCAAAAUUGAGCAGGAACAGAGGGCAGUCCAGGCAGAGGAAGCCUUGAGAAAGACAAGGUGGAAUAAUGCUAAUGCAACUGAACAGCUACAAGAGGAAUUGAGAAGGAUAUCUGUGGAAAUGGAGUCAAAGUUUGAUGAGAAUGAAAAGCUAACCAAGAAAGCAGUGGAAGAAACUAAUGAGCUGCGUCUGCAAAAAACAAAUCUUGAAGAAAUGCUACAGAAAGUAAACAAAGAGCUUGAGUUAAAUAAAGACCGGUAUGAGGUGAAAGUGCAAGAGCUUUCUGCCCAACUAGAUAUGAAGACAAAACAUAUAGAGCAGAUGUCAUUGGAACUUGAUGACAAAUCCAGGCAACUUCAAUAUGCAAAAAGGAUUGAGGAAGAAAAGCAGGGGGCUUUCUUAUCAGAGAUCCAAACCCUCAGAGACAAGAUAGACAUGCUCACAGAGGAGAAGUAUGACUUAAUUAAACAAGCAGAACAGAAUGAAAAACUGGGAUGUGAAGUGGAACAAAUGAAGACACUGGUUGCGGAAACUGAGAUGCUAUUACAAGGAUGGAACAAAGAAACGGUGUUAGGGAGAAAAUUUGCUACAGUAAAGCAGGAAGCUGAAAAAACACAAGAGGAAUUGAAUACUAUAAAGUGUAUGAAGGAUGAAAACAAGAUAAUAUCUGGGAUUCUACGGUCUGAAGUAGAAAACCUUAUAGCUCAGUAUAAUGAGUUGAAACAUAACAUUUACGAAGAAAAGUUGGAGAAGGAAAACCUCAGGAAACAAGUGGUUAAGCUAAAGAGUGAGCUACAGAAGAAGGAAGACACGAUCAUUAGUGUAGAGAAGAAUAAAAAAGCUCCCCAACCUCCUGACUCAAAGGAGGCUUUUAGUUUGAUGACAAACCUAUGGUCACACGAGGAGCAGGUUAAACUGAAGAAAGCUGCUCUCGAAAACUCUGCCAAUUCAUUUCUGGCGAAGGAAAAGGAUCUCAGCAACAAGCUCGAAGAACUGGAUAGCAGAGUUGAACAAGUCCACCAUAGUAAAAGACUAUAUGAGCAUCAAUUCCAAAAGGAGGCUGGACAAGCUGGAUAUGUUUCUGCCAAUGCUUGUAAGCCUGGAGGAAACAUAAGAGAGAACUUACAGCAUUUCGAGAGUAACAUUACCAUGGGCAAUGGAGUUGGCUUCGCACCAGCCCAAAGUGAAGUAGAAAUUUGUUCAAAGAAAGAGAUGAAAGUUUCCAGCACUUCCAAUACCAGCGACAAGAAUAAUUUAAGUGAGACCACAUUACUAAAGGAAAGAAAUAAAUUUAUGGAAAGCGAGCUGAAAGAAAUGCAAGAGAGAUAUUCAGAAAUAAGUCUCAAGUUCGCAGAGGUAGAAGGUGAAAGGCAACAGCUCGUAAUGACUCUCCGUAAUCUUAAGAAUGCUAAGAAGAACUAAUUCACUCAAACACUGGAUCCAGAAAGUAGGAACUACACAUACAUGAAGCAACUGAUUCGAAUCAAGGCAUGGACAUUUAUAUCAAAAUUUGAUCAGGAAAGAAAAAAGUAAAAAAAAGCAUGUACAUCAAUAGAACAAUCAUAUUUUGUAUGGAUUGAUGUUCAUCUCCCACUUUAGGGAUGAUAUAAAAUAAGAGGUCAACCAAUUUAGCUGUUGUGCUCAA